AUGAUAUACAGUUUGAGCACCAUCCGAGAUGCACCAUCCACGUCGUUGUCCAAGGAUGCGCCAUGCAAGGCAACUCCCUCUACCCGACCAAGGACGGCUACUACAACGGUGGAACCAAGGAAAGACGCACUCCGAGAUGCGCCAAUUAAGGCUGCGUCAAAGGAAGCGUCCUCCAAGGGAAAACCAGUGGUGCUGACCGAGGCUGUGACGGAGGGUUUGUCCUCAAAGGCUGCGUCAGAAGCAGAAACAGGCUAUCCAACGAUGGAUAUGUCAUCCCUUAAGGAUGCCAUACAAUCACCAUCGAACUCAACCUGGACAACAAUAACUAAACCAAUGUCGGCCUCUAAGAAGCGGCGCCUUAAAGCCAAAGCGAAGGCAGCGGCACAGCGUGCAUUGGCAGCAGAUGCUGCGAGGCAGAUCGCGGGACCGAGUUCUCGCCCAGUGGAAACCAAACCAGUAGGAGAGGUAACAAUGGGCGGGACCACGGCACUUGCGUCUGUCGGUGCGAGUGCUGCGCCUUCCAUAGGCAUACGCAAGCGCAGCAUGAAACCAAGAGGUCGUAAGAAAUCAGGUAAUAACCAACAAAAACCAGAGUCGAGGGCGCAGAAGCGUGCACGUCCAGAGGAUUCUGUAACACCGACUGGGGUGGGUAAAAAACCCAAAACCAACAAACCCCGAACGGUGAGAGGAACCGCUGCGUCGUACGCUGAAGCGGCCGCAACCUUCAUCGCUAACGAGCUCUGCGUUGCUGUCAUGAUGGAACCUUUCUCUGACAUGACGCAAGAGCAAGCUGAAGGUAUUCGGAAAGAAAUAGAGGACAAGCUUCGGGAUGAGCUCAUGGCGGAACCGGAUGCUUCCCUUGAAACUGAACCUAACGAUAUAAGGUUCCGAGGCAGAGCACAUUUUGCGGAUGGCGUCCUCAAAACCUGGUGCGAGGAUGCUUUUACGCUAGCCUGGCUUAAUCGGACCGUCCAAAACAUGGCCUCACCGAUAGCUAAUUCAAAAUUAGUUGUCAGGCCACAAUCAGCUAUCCCAAAGAAAGUACCGUGUCUGCUUUUCGUACCAGGUCAUACUGGCGAUUCAGUUGCAUUACGGAAGCUUUUGGCGCGGCAGAACCGCAACUUGAAUAUCAACUCCUGGACACUGACACACGAGAGGGCGAGAUCGGAUCCACCAGGAACCUGUCUGUUCUUCCGGGUGCCGGAAACGGAUGUUAAUCUGUUAAAGGCCCAGGACAGAAGAUUAUACUACCUCAUGGGGAACAUUUAUAUUCGGUUUCUGGAUAAAGAUGCAUCCCCAGAACCCAAUACAAACCCCACGCAACAACCGGAGGAGGCGCGAGCCCUGACGCAGUGCGUGACACCUAAGGCGACAUUGUCGACAAAGGAAGCUGCGACCGUGUCUGGGCACGCGGAACCCCCGAUUGCGAUGGAGGUGCAAAAUUUACCUUCUCCGAGAUCUAUCUCGGAUGAAGAGUGCUUUCCGGAAGGGGGGGGAGAGAGUGAAACCAGCGAUGGUGUCCUUUACUCCUCCCCUCUUCGGGAAGACUAAAAUAAUACAGACCAACCUCCAGCA